AUGGCAUUUGGUCGAACACCUUCUGGGCAUCAUCAAGCUGUGAAACUCUUAUCAAGAAAUGGUUCUCGUGAACAAAGUUUUGAUUUCCUCUUCCCCUUGGAGAAUUCCUAUGAAUGUCCUAACAAAGUUAAGGAUGUCUCCUUGCAAGAACUAAGAGAUAUGCUUCAAGAAUUUGCUAAAGUUAGGGGUUGGGACCAAUAUCACAGUCCUAGAAAUAUUCUUCUGGCACUAGAAGGUUUGGGAACACAUUCCCAGUUUUCUCUUAAUCCUAUCGUGGAGCGUCCAAUGCCACGGCCGACCUAA